AUGGAUUUGCAAGCUGAGCUCAGCGUUGGUCAGAGACUAGUAACAAUUCAGAAAGGACCGCUGUUUCGAGCUCAAGGUUACCCUAUCAGCAUUGGCUGCAAUGUAACUGGCUACCAAGGGCCUCCUCUGCAGCACUUCGAGUGGUUUGUUUACCUGCCAAAUGCCCCAGAUCGGGAAGUCCGCGUGAUUAGCACAAAAGAAGCUAUCUUUCCCUCAGGACUGUAUGCAAAUCGUGUGCAAAGCCGGGAUAUCUACGUGGAGAGGGUUAGGGACAACUCAGUCGUGCUGCACAUCGCAAACGUUCGGAAGGAGGAUAAUGCUGUGUAUGAGUGCCACACACCGAACACUGAUAGUAGCUACUUGGGCGUUUAUAGUGCGAAGACCAGUCUAACUGUUAUUCCAGAUACUCUCGCUGCUGCCGUGAAAUCCCAAACUUUGAAUAAGAAGGAGGGUGAGCCACUAAAACUUUCCUGCGAGGUAUCCAAAGCCACAGCUCAACAUACUCACCUCUCUAUUACUUGGUAUGUGACACAGGAGGGAAGAAAUCAAGACACAGUUAUUAUUUCCCUCUCCAGAAACUUUGUGUUGACCUCUGGACCCUCGUAUGCAGAGAGGUUUCAAGCAGGUGAUGUGAGUCUUGACAAUCUUGGGGCCUCUACAUUCCAAUUGUUCAUACGGAGACUCGAGGCUUCAGAUAAAGGCCAGCUGUUCUGCAAAGCAAUGGAAUGGAUUCAGGAUCCAGAUAAAACCUGGACUUCUAUUGCUAACAAGCAAACAGCUAAAACAACACUAAGGGUCCAGCCUACAGUGACAGAUUUUCAAGUCAACCUGACAGCUGAAGGCAUGUUUGCUGAAGGGAAGCCCUUAGAACUCGUCUGCUUGGUGGUGAGCAGUGUCCAGAAUCUCCAAUUUCAGGGUAGUUGGUUCCUCAAUGACAUUGUAAUCGCCAGUAUUGGUGCUAAUGGGUUACUGACCCUGAAUGAAGACUACAAAGAAAGAGCUAAUCAAGGACAGCUGUUGGUUUUGAAGUUAAACCCCUUGUCUUUCUCUCUCAAAAUCAUCUCCGUGGGCCCAGUGGAUGAAGGCACCUACAGGUGUUCAGUGGAAGAGGUAGAGAGAACUCAGACAGGCUCCUGGCAGGUAGUGCGGAGGAAGGAAUCACCAAAUAAGCUUGUGCACCUGAAGAAGUCUGCAGGUAUGAGUGUCACCUUGUCCACCAAGAACAAACAGUCGAUGCUGUGGGAAGGAGAUGAACUGGGCCUCCUCUGCAAGGCAGAUGGAGAAGAAAGUCCCCUGGCAGUGAGCUGGUCGCACACCUCACAGGACCGGGCACAGUCGAAGCUGGUGGCUAGCAUGGAGAAGUACGGCGUUGUGCACCUGGGUCCCUCCUAUGUCAGUAACCAAGGCAACAUAAGGCUAGAAAAGGUGAAUUGGGCUACCUUCCAGCUGGACAUCACUUCUGCUGCCCUCAGUGACAGUGGGACUUACCAGUGCUCUGUGUCUGAGAUGUCUCAGAAUCAAGCUAAAAAUUUGAGCUGGACUCAAACUACUUUGAUCGUUGUGAAAUCUCUACAAUCAAGCUUACAAGUUAGUCUGAUGACCCGUCGACCAAAAGUGGAAUUAACCAGUAUCUUGGACCUCAACUGCAUAGUGCGUGCUGACUACUCUGAUUUGAAGGUACCGCUCACCGUGACAUGGCAGUUCCAGCCAGCUGGGUCUCAGACCUUUCAUCAGAUUAUUCGAAUCAAUCAUGAUGGUGCCAUUGAGUGGGGCGAUUCACUACUGCAAUUUCAAAAGAAGACAAAGAUUUCACAGUCUCCGUUCCAUUCUCAACUCCUCGUCCAUGAUGCCACAGAGGAAGAAGCAGGAAUGUACCAGUGUAAAGUGGAUGUUUAUGGUAGAAAUUCCCUAUGCACAAACAGCUCUGUAAAGGCCACUGCCACCUCUCACUCACUGGGGAUAGACAUCACUUUACCAGAGAACAAGCUCAGCAUUAAUUCAAGCAGUCAAAUCCAAGAGCUCUCUGUCUCCAGCACUCAAAUAGAUUGCAGCAUCUUGUCUCAGGCCACAGGAAAUGUGCAGUUAGCAAUUAUUUGGUCCUUUCCCUCUGUUUCCACUUGUGCAUCCUGGUCAAAGAUCCCGGAAAUGAACCAAACCAAUGUUGUAAAAUAUGGGGAUGAAUUUCACACCUCAAGAAGCAUGCAAAAAUUUCAUACUAAGAAAGUUUCCCAGAACUUGUUUCAGCUGCACAUUCAGAAUGUGGAUAAUGGAGAUUAGGGCCGAUACCGCCGUACUGUAGAAGAAUGGCUUUUGCUGACAAAUGGCACUUUGCAGAAACUUGGAGAAAAGAAGUCAGGUUCUACAGAAUUGAAACUCAUCCCCACAACUAAACUUGGGAAUGUAUAAAGUAAGAUGCAGAUUUCUAAAGUGGACUGGCCAGAAAAUAGCACUGAGUACGAGGAAGUGACCUUCAGCUGUAGCAUGGAUGGUUCAGGAGGCUCUGCCUCCCUCUUCUCUUCCGUGUGGUUCAGAGAAAGUUCUGAGAAAAACGAAAGUUCUGGGAGUAAAAUACUGGUGCACCUGAAGCAUGACGGAAUGCUGGAGUAUAGCGAUGAGGGGCUCAGAGAUCGCCUGCACUGUUACCGCUCAUCCCCCACAGACUUUGUCCUGAAGCUGUACCAGGUAGUGAUGAAAGAUGCUGGGAUAUACUGGUGCAGGGUGACAGAAUGGCAGCUGCGUGGAAACCCAAGCAAGUGGAUCAACCAAGGAUCAGCUGAGUCACAGCACAUGUCAUUCAAAGUGCUGCCUUCAGAGAUCAUGUUCUGUUCCAGAUUUUGCUCCUCAGGACCUCUGAUCCUCUUCCUGUUCAUCUGCCCCUUUGUUGUGCUCCUGGUCUUGCUCCUUACCCUCCUCUACUUAUAUUGGAAGGCCAGUAUGAAACCAGUAACGACCAGUAAGAGUGUGAAGAAAAAUCCCUCUAACAUGAACCUGAAAGGGACUAGAGACAAAACGAGGAGCAGGAGGGAAGUGGGCACCAAAUGA